CCACACAAAAUUUUGAUUGUUUGAACAAACCACAAAACGGUUCUAUAGAACAACAUUACUUUUGAAAGCAUUUGCAUCUUGUCAAGAGCUACAGUUCACACGUUCUAUCUAUCGAUCGAUCUAAAUCAUGGCCACCACUGAAGAACGAGAAUUGCUUCGCGCCAACAAACAUGGGCCUGUCCUUCAGCUCUGGCUGGAUAAAGAUUCGCAGCACCAACAUGUGGCCUCUGCACUUCGAAAGAACAAGACCGUGACAACGGUCAGCGUGUUUGUGGAAGAGGACUUUAUGGAAAGCCCACUGCAAGACAUUGCCCAUCUUUUCCGCGCCAUAGGAUGCCUGCCGCUGCAGAAUCUGUACAUUUACUCGUUUGGUCGAAACUUUGAUGUGUUCCCCAUCCGGCUCCUCAUCGAGGUCUUUUCGCGAGCCAAAAAGUUGGAAGUUCUCACCAUGUACUUUAUCGAACUCGGUGGCAAGAAGAAACACUUUGAUGCCUUUGAAGCAGCCAUCCGUGGCCACCCUUCCCUCCGCGAAUUUCGCCUGGAGAACUGCAGGCUGCCCGAUGAUUACUUGAACACUCACGGGCUAGAUCAGUUUGUCAAGACGUUGGGAACUUUGCCCAAGAUUGAGAAGAUUGACCUGUUUGCAACUGAAAUGGGUUACUUGGGCACACUGUCCAAAGAGUCGAUGGCAAACCUGGCUGGAAUCAAGAAUCUGGCGUGUCUCUCCUUGAUCAACUUUGCCUUGGGCAAUGAUCACAUUACAGCAUUGAGUCAAGCUUUGAAGGGGAACACAAAUCUUACAGAGCUUGCCAUUUCCUGCGACCCCAAGUUUUGCUCUGCUUUGGCCCCUGUGAUUGCGACCAACCAAACGUUGAACCAAGUCAAGGUACGCAUGGAUUCUCUGGAUGACGAUGUUUUUGUGCAAUCCAUUGCCGGUGGCCUGAAGGACAACAAGAGUAUUACAAGAUUCGAUCUGCAAGGGGACGUCCAGAACAAACUAAGUGUCGCGAGUCAAAAGAUCUUUGCGGACAUGUUGGAAAAGAAUUCCACAUUGGAGUACUUGGAGAUUCCCUUGACCGACCAGGAUAGCAAGAUGAAGGCGAAGUAUUACCUGAAGCUCAACCAGACUGGCAAGCGUGGAUUGAUGGAGAAUCCGGGAACGUCCAAGAAGGAAUUGGUCAACGCUUUGGCGUAUGUGGGCGACGAUUUGGACUGCCUGAACCAUUUCCUGGCCACCAAGCCAACCCUGGUUCAUGACUAGAAAGCAGCUUUUGUAUGCUCCUGACUCCUGAUCCUUUGGUUGGACUUUCGUGGCGUGGUAGCUUGCUCACCUAGCAAUGUAUGAAAGGGAAUGCUAGAGGGUGCAACACUGUAUGUAUGAUGGUAGUGGUUCAUUUUGUGCUGAGACGUUUCAACUUUCAUAAAGACUAGAUAUUUAGCUGUUUGGUAAC